UAGUCAUUAUAAUAUUUCCAAAACAAGUGGCUCUUUCCCUCCAGAGCCUCCCACAUUGAGUCUCCAUAGGAGGCUAUAGCAUAGUGGCGCUCUGGUUUUCGUUUCUUUCCAUAAAUCGCUUCAAUUCUCUCCCGCAAAAACCCUAGAACUCUGAUUCUGCGUUUCCGAAUACCUCUUUCACGGACCCUAGCCUAGAUGGAGAAAUCAGGUGGUUCUAAGGAAGCUGGUGGGCCACCACCACCUUUGCCCCCGCCGCCUCCAGCCAUACCUCCCAAUGUUAAGCCAGAACGAGUGACCACUACUAAGUAUACUAUUACCAGCAGGCGUGGAGUUGGGACUACUGGUCGGCCCAUACAGUUGCUCUCUAACCACUUUAAAGUUCAUGUUGAUAAUCCAGAUGCAGUGUUUUACCAGUAUAGUGUAUCUAUUACUGGGGAAGAAAAGAGAGUUGUUGAAGGCAGAGGCAUUGGGAGAAAAGUAAUUGAUAGGGUUUACCAAACCUAUGCUUCUGAACUUGCUGGUAAAAGGUUUGGUUAUGACGGGGAGAAAAGUCUGUACACUGUUGGUCCUCUGCCACAGAACAAGUUUGAGUUCCAAGUGGUGCUUGAUGAGGUUGCAAAACGCGAUAUUGGGAGUCCUGGUGGCAGUGGGAGCCCCAGUGGGCCAAGUAAGCGGUCUAAACGGACGUUUCAGUCUAAGACUUUCAACGUAGACAUUAGUUAUUCUGCAAAAAUACCAUUGAAGUCAGUUGCUCUUGCUCUCAGAGGAGCUGAUGUUGAUGUUAAUGCUCAGGAUGCCUUGAGAGUCCUUGAUAUUGUACUGAGGCAGCAAGCUGCUAACAGGGGCUGUCUUUUGGUGAGGCAGUCCUUCUUUCAUGACGACACACGGAACUUCACAAGUGUUGGAGGAGGUGUUACUGGUGUUCGGGGCUUCCAUUCCAGCUUCCGUCCAACACAGGGUGGCUUGUCUCUUAAUAUGGAUGUGUCUACGACAAUGAUCCUAACACCUGGACCUCUGAUUGAUUUUCUAUUAGCUAACCAGAAUGUACGGGAAGCUCGCUAUAUUGACUGGGUAAAGGCUAAGAGAAUGCUGAAAAAUGUUAGGAUAAAGACAUUGCACCGAAACAUGGAAUUCAAAAUAAUUGGCCUGAGUGAGAAACCAUGCAAUCAGCAAUACUUUUCUAUGAGAGUGAAAAAUGGGGACGGUGCAAGUGAAGGGCAGACUGUGGAUAUCACUGUCUAUGAUUAUUUCGCUAGACACUGUGGUAUAGAACUUAAAUAUUCUGCAUACCUGCCAUGUGUUGAUGUCGGCAAGCCAAAAAGGCCCAACUAUCUGCCACUGGAGCUCUGUACACUAAUUUCCCUUCAACGCUAUACGAAAGCAUUAUCUUCGACGCAGAGGGCAUCAUUAGUUGAAAAAUCAAGGCAGAAGCCUCAGGAGAGAAUUAGAACUCUGACUGAUGCUAUGACAAACUACAAAUAUGACGAUGAUCCUGUGCUUGCUGAGUGUGGUAUUUCUAUAGAGAAACAAUUGACUCAGGUUGAGGGUCGCAUCCUUGAGACUCCAAAGUUGAAGGUUGGUAACAGCGAUGACUGCAUCCCUCGUAAUGGGCGAUGGAAUUUCAAUAACAAGAAACUUUUGGACCCUACUCAAAUUGACCGCUGGGUAGUUGUCAAUUUCUCUGCACGCUGUGAUACUAGUCAUAUUUCACGGGAGCUUAUCAACUGCGGAAGGAAUAAGGGCAUUAUUAUUCAACGACCAUAUACACUAAUUGAGGAAGAUUCACAAUUUAGAAGGGCCAGCCCUGUUGUCAGAGUUGAAAAGAUGUUUGAACAGAUACAAGCAAAGCUUCCUGGCGCACCUGAAUUCAUCCUUUGUGUAUUGCCAGAGAGGAAAAACUCUGAACUUUAUGGGCCUUGGAAGAAGAGAAGUCUGAGCGACUUUGGUAUAGUCACACAAUGUAUUUCCCCUGCUAAGGUUAACGACCAGUACCUUACUAAUCUGCUUCUUAAGAUCAAUUCUAAGCUUGGAGGAAUAAAUUCUUUGUUGGCAAUAGAGCACUCCUCACGUGUUCCUCUGAUAAAUGAUACUCCUACAUUGAUUUUGGGGAUGGAUGUCUCGCAUGGGUCUCCUGGGCGAUCAGAUGUCCCAUCUGUUGCUGCGGUUGUUGGCUCUCGAAGUUGGCCGCUGAUUUCAAGGUAUAGAGCAUCUGUAAGAACACAGUCACCUAAAGUGGAGAUGAUUGAUGCUUUAUACAAGCCUUUAGAGGACGGUAGUGAUGAUGGUAUCAUCAGGGAACUGCUUGUGGACUUCUUUAAAACAAGCAAGGGGCGGAAACCAACUCAGAUUAUUGUGUUCAGGGAUGGAGUGAGUGAAUCACAAUUUAACCAGGUUUUGAACAUUGAGCUGGAUCAAAUCAUAAAGGCAUACCAGCAUCUUGGGGAGGAAAACAUUCCCAAGUUCACAGUGAUCGUGGCUCAGAAGAAUCAUCAUACAAAGCUAUUUCAAGCUAGUUCCCCUGAUAAUGUUCCACCUGGGACUGUUGUGGACACAAAAAUUGUGCACCCAAGGAAUUAUGAUUUCUACAUGUGUGCUCAAGCAGGGAUGAUUGGAACUUCUAGGCCAGCACACUAUCAUGUCUUGGUUGAUGAGAUUGGUUUCUCACCUGAUCAAUUGCAAAAUCUGAUCCAUUCACUAUCAUAUGUGUACCAAAGGAGUACAACUGCAAUUUCAAUUGUGGCACCAAUAUGUUAUGCCCACCUUGCUGCACAACAGAUGGGUCAGUUCAUUAAGUUUGAAGACAUUCCAGAAGCCUCCUCCUCUCCAAGAAGUGGAAGUGUCACUAAUGUAGGGGGUGUGCCUGUCCAAGAGCUCCCUAGGUUGCAUGAGAAUGUCCAGGGUUCCAUGUUCUUCUGUUGAGUCUGUGCUAAGUUGCUAACAGCAUUUUGUAGAUACUGCUAAUCUCAUAUGGUUUUUGUUACUGUACAUACUUGGGCGGCAUAGGGGUAUACGCAUAGACAGGCAACCCUAAUUCAGGUGGAGUGCAGAGAUGAUAGGUAAUUGAGCUCAGAAGCAAACCUUUUGUUUAAGUUAAUGGAUAUGUUUAGAUGUUUUCUACAUCGUUUAGAUGUUUUUUUUCUACAUUGUAAUGGUACUAGACUACUAGUGCUUGCCAAGACAUUUGUGUUUUCACCUAGACCCUAGGCUUAUUUUGUUUCACUAUUCCGUCUGGGAUUAGAUGUCUGAACCCUGGAAAUGCUUAGCCACUACGCUUUUGGAAAUCUGUAAUUAUCUGGUUCUCGUGAUCUUCAUUACUCUAACUUUCCAAACUCAAUAUCACUGGUAUAUUCUCUCU